CAGUCGCCCAAGAGGGACGUGAAUAUUAUAACCGGACGUAUAUGUGCACGAAACUCGAGUUAUUUACUUUGGUUUUUAAAGUUAACUUGUCAAGAAAAAGCUGCAUGCUGAAGCUUUGACGAGGUAGAUUUUCACUCACAAGAUGGAAGGACACUUAGCGUUCAUUUUGCCGUGGGCGACAGCGGUGAUCCUGUGAGGAUACAUAUGAACAUCUGCCAUCUCUUAUUUAAACAGGAGAUCCUUAAAUUGCGGACAGUAGCCAUGGUUUUAUUUGGAAUAAUAUCAGAAUUACGCAGUAGAAGUUGGGAAAUUAGCUGCCACUAACAGCGGUUAAAUAGGCGAAAAAGACAAAUAUCAAGCUACGAAGAACCAGCGAUCUGGUAUUUUUAAUUUGACUUACGAUCGAGAUAUUGAACGCCAAGUGAAGAUCAAAACCUGUGUGGUCCGUAUUCUCACGCGAAUUUCUACGGUGCCAAAGAGGCGAUUUUUUGAUCGAUGCUAGAGUGGGAUGCCGAGAGAUUACUGCCGUCAAAACAGAGAACCUGCCGCUGACAGGUUAUGGUGAACGACACAGAACGUAUACACAACGCGAGCAGUAAUGUGUUGUUAACGAGUGGAAACAGUACCUCAAGUCCAAGUCGAGUUCCUUCGAGUUUCAUGCCAUUUUCAACAGCAUGUGUGAUACCUUUUGGUUUGCUAUUUAUUUUAAUGUGCUUGGUCAGUAUAUUGGGAAAUUCGAUCGUUUGCUACAUCGUUUAUCAAAAACCCGCCAUGCGAUCAGCCAUAAACAUUUUAUUGGCGACAUUAGCGAUGGCCGAUGUGCUCACAGCAUCGCUGUGUAUGCCUUUUGCUAUCGUAUCCUUGAUUGCUCAGAGAUGGGUUUUUGGCGAUAUAUUUUGUCAAAUAAAUGCCGUUUUGUUUAGCUUCUUGGUGACAGAAGGGACCUUCGUAUUGUUGACGAUAUCAGUGGACCGUUUCAUGAUAAUUGUCCAACGCAAAGACACACUCACACCUCGAAAGGCGAAAAUGUACAUUGUUAUCUCUUGGAUUUUGGCAGUUGUGGUUGUUUUACCUCCCGUUUUCGGUUGGGGUAAAUAUGGUUAUGAGGUGGGUCAAAUUCAGUGCUCGCUGGAAUGGCCUAGCCGAAGCGCCAUUGAUUUAUCAUACGGCCUGUUUUUUUUUAUCACAACAUUUUCAAUUCCGCUACUUGUAAUGACAUAUUGCUUCGGGUCUAUUUUAAGAACCGUUCGAAGGAACUCGACACGCAUUCAAAAUCACCCACCCGUACCUGGUGGGGUGAUGACUAAAAUGCACCGACCAGGCAAGAUGAACAUCGACUACAGUUUCAAGACAAGGGCUUUCACCACUAUAUUAAUCCUAUUUAUUCUCUUCGUAAUCUGCGGUUUUCCUUUCACUGUGAUCCGCUUUCAUUUGCUUUUUAAAGGAUAUGAGAAGUCAUUGUCUUACACAGCCGAUCUGGUGGUCGUAUUAAUUGCCUACUUAAACUCAACCCUGAAGCCCAUAAUUUAUUACAUUCGCAUCAGUAAAUUUCGAGAAGCCUGCUUGGAUAUUAUGCCUUCUUGGUGUCACGUUCCACACUGUUUACCAGGACGGACGAUGAGGCGCAUACGACCACAUGUAGUUUAUGAAGUGGACAAAAAAUUUGCAACAUCAGUGCUUUAACAGCACUUAGUUCACAAAGGUAUAUUUAAGAUGUUUUAGGACAACUCACAGCAAUGCUUACAUUUUUACAAUAGAUAGAGGCAGGUUGAGUUUCAGUAUACUGAACCUAAGAAUAUAUUUAUAAAGAGUAAUUAUUUUAUGGUAAUGUGGUUGUAAAUUUAAAACAUCAUACAGAUCACACUCUUAAUGAGCCAUUUACUUCAUUUAAGUCCUUCCAUUUGGUUUUGUUUUUGCUAUGGAUUUCAAAUGCCCAUGAUUUCAACAUAGUACCAAAGCUUCUAAUGACAACCAGCAGUUUUUGACUAUUUUCCUAUUUUUCACCACUAAGAAUAGAUGAAUCUUCAGGGUUGCAUGUCCAUGAUAAUUGAUUGAUAAUUCUGUACUCAAGACCUUAAGUUAAAAUUCUGAGUCAGAUUAGAUCAAAUCAGGACAUGUUAUUUAUAUUAAAAUCAGUUCUCUUUGCUAUAUGCUAGAUGCUUCCCACUAUUUACCUUUGAGAAUUUGGUUUUAAAUCAAUCAUGCUAUUUCUCCUAAUUAAUUUUUUCUUUUCUAAUCAACUUUCUGCCAAUCAAUUUACUGAUAUUGUAUAGGGAAAUUACUUAUUGGUUACCCCUGGGAGUGAGAGGAUUAAAUGAUGCUUCUAAGGACUAGAUAACUGUGUUUCUUACAAGCAACAGAACCCAAUGUUUCUGUUAUCUUAUUGAGUUUUUCAAAUCUUACUGUCCCUAUAUUUGAUGUAUUGGUCUAAGAAUCCCUUGUUGAAUAUCCUGUUUUGGGUAUU